UGUCAAGACUCGAGAACUCACGCAAGAACGCCUGUAAGCCACCUAGCGGCGGCACUCAAAAAUCGACACUCGUGUGCACGAAAGUUUCUAGGUGUCUAGAAAAGUCCCAAAUUCCAGCCGCGAAAUGGACGGAAUCUGUCGGUGCUGCUCGGCGGAAAACGUUCCGAUGAAGUCCAUAUUCCAUGGCUUCGACGAGCAUCAUCCGCUGCUGGUGGUCAUUACGGACGUGCUGCGGCUGGACAUCAUGGAGCACGAUGGACUGCCGGAACAAGUGUGCGAAAGUUGCUCGAACAUCUUGCUGACGAUGCACGCAAGCAUCGAAGGUUUUCGGGCGCACGACGCCGCACUCCGGAAGAGGUUCCGCGUGCCCGGGACGACGAUGGCGAUGGCCGAGGUGGAGAUGAUAGAUAUAAAACCAACCAUCGUAAUGAAGGAGGAGAAAGAAGGAGAUAUAUUUGCGGAUGAUAAGCCGAAAGCCCGAAGAAGCAUAAAAUCAGAACGCAGAGCUAGCGAGGACGAUGACCCGGAUUGGGCCAUGCAAUACGAUAAUGCUAGUCACAACAGCGAUGAAAACGAAGCGGAAGAAUCGGAGCCGACCAAACAACCCAGCAAUCCUGAUAAAGAUAUGGAGAUUAUUAUGGCCCGCCGAAAGCGAAAGCGCGAUCCCAACGCGCCCAAACAAAGAGACUACAAAUGCUACAUCUGCCCAGUCCCUAGCGAAUCGAUGACUCCGCCGGCUCUGCUUGAACAUCUGUCCUCUCACCUUAACGAAAUGCCAUUUACCUGCACAGAGUGCGUGAUGGAAACGGUUGUUCUGAAGAACGUACGAUCGCUGAACGUCCACAAAAAGAUGCACGCCCAACCGUUCAAGUGCGAGUACUGCGACCGGCGGUACAGCAGCCCUAACGCCCGUGAUUGCCACGUACGAACCUUCCAUAUGGGCGAAAGUGCCCCCUGUCCUUCGAAGUGUGACGAGUGUGGAAAAAUCUGCAACUCCAUUGUCGCGCUCAAAAAUCAUAUGCGCGAUCAUAAGACGAACCUGCGAUGUCACCUGUGCGGUAAGGUGUUCCAUCGGUACUCACAGCUGCGAUACCACGUGAUUCGCGUCCACGAGAAGGGCGACAAGUACGAAUGUAAACAGUGUGGGAGUGUGGUUCACAGCCUGGAAAGCUACAACUCUCACCUGAAGAUGCACAACAAUGAAAAGACGUACGAAUGCAACCUAUGUCCGAUGAAGUUCUACACUGCGGGCAAUCUGGGUCUGCACAAGCGGAUUCACGCGAAAAAUCCCAACUACAAGGCGAAGAAGGACUGGACCAGCCACUACACCGUGGUGGAAGAUCCGGAAAAGGGCAAAAUAUACACGUGCAACACUUGCCAGAACACCUUCAACAGCGGAAUCAACGGGAUCAUCAACCACGUUAAGUUACACUUUAAGGAGAUCCAGUGCGACCAGUGCGAUAUGAAGUUCAUUGGGAAAACCAAGCUAAAAAUUCACUACGUGAUGCACACGAGGGAACGAAACUUCAUGUGCCCAUACUGCGACAAAGACUUUAUGUAUAAACCUCACAUGAGAUAUCAUAUGAAGACCAAACAUGCGGAAGAAUUCAGUGCUGACGGCGGUGUUGCGGGACCUUCGAAACCGUCGAAGAAAAUAAAGUAGAGUAUUUCACCAUCGAAAUCGGAAAUGAAUUCCAUUCAUUUUUUGUAUUGGCUCAAUGUUUUUGAGAAAUUUUCCAAUCAAAUUGCCAAACAGACAUUGAAGGUUGGACCCAUGGUUGCUGAAAUACAGCGAAUAAAAGAAUAGGGAACAAGACAAUUUAAAUUUUUGAAGUCUCAUCAACCAGCCUUUUAUUUUCUAGAACCAAUAUCUCAAUUGGAUACUAAAGCCAUAUGUCAAUUUUUAUGUAC